AUGGGAGGCGGACUCGACGAGACAGAAACGGCGCGCGCUCUCGUCCAGCAAAAGGUGAUCCGCAGACGACCGAACCACGGCGACCGCUACGCAGCCGCGCGCUCACUCGCGUCCUCUGCACGCACCUUCAACUACCGUAGCCACUUGCCACGCGGGACCAAUAUCAGAUCGGCCGCCGAUAACGACGAUGCAGAAGAUGACACCUGUAAAGGAACGGUUUAG